GUAGCCCAGCUGGCAAAAUUGGCUGCCACGGGACCUUCGUCUCAUGGCCAUGCAGGUCUUCAGCCGUCCGUCCAACACUGCCUGGGGCGGCUGCAGCAGCUGCAGCGUGGCGACCUGGUGGAUCUCACAAGGAGCCUGGCGUCGCUUCGGUGGAGGGAUGAGGCUACCUGGAGGGACAUCGGCAGCACCGUGACGCAGAAAGUGGAGGAGAUGAAGAUGGCGGAACUGGUGCAGAUCGCAGGUGCAUUCUCUCAAGCGAGCCAGCGGGAUCCAGAGAUGCUGAGGGUGAUGAUGGGGAGAGUCCAGGCGGAUCCUAGUAGUUUGAGCUGCUGGUCUUGGGCAGAUUUGAUUCUCUCACUUCAGAGGGCGGGAGUAAAGCCGGACAAGCAGCUGCUGAAAGCGGCAACAGAUGUGAUGUUGACGAAUAUCUAUCGCUUUGAUGGUCUCAAGAAGCUGAAGACAUGCAACAUUGUUGGAUUUGUGGAAGCCAGCCUUGCUGCUGGUUUCCUCCAUCAAAGGAUGUUCCAAGUGCUAUCAAAGGUCAUGGAGGAGCGCAUGGAGAGCCUGUGCCCCCACGAGUUGUCCAAGGUAGCGCUGACUUGGGGCCAAGCAAAUUGCAAAGAUGAUGCCCUGGUGCAGUCCUUGUGCAAGGCAAUUCGUCGCAAUCUUUCGUCCAUUCCAAAGGACAGGAUUUCAUAUACAAUUCAUGGCCUUUGCUUGCUGCAUUGCAAAGACAAACAGCUGCUGAUGGACUUGGCGUUUGCUUGGGUGGCCAAAGGUCCUGAAAAAUCCUUCGAAGUGCUGCACGUCAUCUUUGGAUUGGCGAGGUCGCGGGCCCUCGAUCCUUUGCUGUUUGAUCGAAUCGCGGCAUGUAGUCUGCAGUUUGUGCUUCAUUUCGAUGCAAGGACCUCUGUCGGGUGUCCUUUGCUGCUAGCAAGCUUUCACUUGCUACAACUCUUGGAAGUUGCAUCCCAGCGGCUGUUGUGGAGCGUGUGUCCAGACUUCAAGGGUGACCAGUUAGCCUUAAUGAUGCACGCGGUGUCGAGGCUGUCGGACAAUCCUGGUGCAUACUUGCCGGCUCUUGAGCGUGCCACCUUGCCGCAUGUUUCAACACUCAGACCUCUCGACCUUAGAUACAUUUUCAUGGCUUGGGCCAAGGCACGUGUUUCGGACCAACAUUUGAUGGAAGCAGUUGUUGCACGUACAGCUGAGCUGGUUGAUGGUUUGGAUCCAUCCACAGUAGACCAGAUUGUGUGGGCAUGCUCUGAACUGCAGAUCAGCAAUGAGGACCUGUUCAAGGCAUUGGGUGUUCGAUGUGCAGCUACCGUCUCUUUGUUCGGGUUGUCCCACCUUGGAUACACUGCAUUUGCAUAUGUCCGAGCAGGGAUGCACGGUGAGCUGCCUUUGAUCAGCAUCGCGAGGGAGGCCUCGCGGCGUUUGGGGAAGAUGCAUCCUAUUCCUGGUUCGCUGCUUGCACGUGCCUUCAUCCAAGCUGACUUGGAGUCACCCGAAGUCGCAGAGUUGUUGGAAGGACUAGCUGGAGUUGCAAGUCAGCAAGGGUGGACACAGUUGAGCCCCAAGCCGCAGCUGGAACAGGCUGAUUUCCAAAAACAGUGCGCCGAAACGGUUCAAGACUUCCUUCCAUCCAUCCUGGUGAAUAAGCGUCACCAGAUGGGGCCACUGCUUGGUCUGGCACUGCUGCAAGGCGAUGCACCUCACCUGAACUUGGAAGUGGAUCCCAUGGACCUCCAGCUUUCCCGGUUGGACCGGGCAGUGCGCACUCGGCGCGAUCAGUUCUUGGAGGACCUGGGUGUGCAGGUGUUGAGAUUGAAGGUCAGGGACCAGGAUGAUUUGAGGUACCACCUGCUGCAGAUCUUUGGGCAUCCCACCGCACCUGGCAUGGAUGAAAGUCCUGCAGAGCCGCCAGCAUCGGAGGUGGGGCCUCUGGAUGAGGAGGCGGUGGCGAUGUGUGGACGUGUGUGGAAUGAGAUGGAAUCUGGAAGAGUGCAGCAUGAAAGCUUGCUGUAAAGGAUUUGACUUUUUGAAAAUCUACAAGAAGGAUUCCAGAGACCAUUUGAGAUGGCCUGGUGUGUGCGCCUCGGCGUUUGCAUUUGGCAGGAAACGGAAUAUGUUUGAACUUUGCCAAUCAAUUCAGCACGUGUUUUUCUUGUUUGAAAGGUUCUUUAGAUCAUUUCGUAAUUUAGUGUUUCAGUGAAGUCAGGAUGGUCACUGGAUCCCUACUAGUGACUAGCCAAUAGGGCUGUCUUGGGGCUGUGGCUUUGUGGCCGCCAUUGGAAGGGGUGGGCUGUGGCGGGGUAGGUCAUGGCUGC